AAAUAAUUGUCACUGUCAGUUAUUUAUGUCACAACAAACCAACGUCAAAAUAACCAAAAAUGUUUGUUUUGGCGGCAAAAAAUUGGGAUAUUUGUCAAUAUCAGUGUCCAACGCGACUCUUUCUUUUAGAAAUGAAUAGAGUUAAUUCUCUCAAAGCUUUAUCAUUCGUAAACUUAUGAUAGCGAUGUCAAGGCUAAACCGUCUGUGGAGAAGCUAAAUACGAGCGGUCUGUUGUUUUCACGCUAGUACAACCGCGCGCCACACGGCGACAAGUGGGGCUAAGUUGAAAAAACUUCUAAAAUAUCUUUCACAAAUUAAGUACACAAAAUAAAUUAUCAAAAUGCCACCUGUUUCAUUGACUAACGAUGCACCUAAGAAGAAGCUACGUGUUGCUAUAAUCGGACAGAGCUUGUUUGCAGCUGAAGUUUUUAAACUUCUGCAAAAAGAUGGACAUGAGGUGGUUGGUGUCUUCACCGUGUUGGACAAAGGAAACCGAGAAGAUCCUCUAGCAACCAUUGCUGCUCAGAAUGGCAAACCAGUAUACAAAUACAAAACAUGGAGGGUGAAAGGCCAAGUGAUACCCGAAGUAUUGGAACAGUACAAAUCAGUGAAUGCAGAUAUCAAUGUACUACCAUUCUGCACACAGUUUAUCCCUAUGGAAGUAAUCACAUACCCGAAGUACGAGAGUAUCUGCUACCAUCCCAGUAUACUGCCCAGGCAUAGAGGAGCUUCUUCUAUCAAUUGGACUCUUAUAGAAGGGGAUACGACCUGCGGUCUGUCCAUAUUCUGGGCUGACGAUGGUUUGGAUACCGGCCCGAUCCUACUGCAGAAGAGCUUCCCCUGCACCAUUGAUGACACAGUCGAUACUAUCUACAACAAAUAUUUGUACCCUGAAGGUAUCAAAGCAUUAGCGGAGGCUGUGAACAUGGUUGCUAACGACACCGCACCUAGAGUCAAACAGACUGAAGAGGGCGCCACUUACGAUCCUGCUCUAUUCAAGCCAGAGACACACAAGAUCGACUGGUCCAAAGGCGGUAUGGCACUGCACAACUUCAUCAGAGGCUUGGACUCCUCGCCCGGUGCCACCAGCUUUAUCAAACCACAGACUAAAGAUGGCGUCGUAGAUGACAGUGAGGCUACCAUAGAGGUCAAAUUCUUCGGAUCUUCUCUAUGGGUCGACGAGUAUGAGACGAAAGGAGAUGCCCUAGUUAUUCCUGGGCUAAGUAAGCCAGCAGUGGUACAUGAAGCUGGGCUGCUAAUUACUGCCAAUGAUGGCGUGAAGCUAAACAUCCAAAGACUGAAAGUCAACGGCAAAAUGAUAGCAGCACAGAACUUCUUCAAGGCAAACGAAGACAAAGUGACCCUAGAACUGAGCGCUGAGGAAAAACAAUUCGUUGAAAACGUCCGGGACAUUUGGAAGGCAAUCCUACGCAUAGAUAUAGACGAUGACACCGACUUCUUUACCUCAGGAGCUGGGUCUAUGGACGUCGUUAGGCUUGUGGAAGAAGUUAAAGACUUAGCCAAACUAGAAUUACAGAACGAAGAUAUCUAUAUGAACACAACUUUCGAAGAGUUUUACACCGUAGCCAUAUUGAAAUCUAGAGGCGGCACUGAAAAUGCUGAGAUAAGUUACGAUGGCGUUGAAAUGGAAUGCAAUAAGAUGAAAAUUAAGUUCCCGACGCAGUUAUUUAUUGAUGGGAAGUUUGUAAACUCUGAUAAUGGAAAGACCUUGACUCUUAUUAACCCGACGGAUGAAAGCGUUAUUUGCAAAGUUCAGAGCGCUUCAGUAAACGAUGUUGACCGCGCCGUGUUGGCCGCUAAGAAGGCGUUUGAAGAAGGAGAGUGGUCUAAGAUCAGUGCGCGGGAAAGAGGACAGCUUUUGUUCAAACUCGCAGAUUUGAUGGAGCAACAUAAAGAAGAGUUGGCGACAAUAGAAUCCAUUGACUCGGGUGCAGUAUACACGUUGGCACUGAAGACGCAUGUCGGCAUGUCUAUUGAGACUUGGAGAUAUUUUGCUGGGUGGUGCGACAAGAUUCAAGGGACUACCAUUCCUAUCAACCACGCUAGACCUAACAGAAACUUGGCAAUGACGAAGAAGGAGCCUAUCGGUGUGUGUGGACUGAUCACCCCAUGGAAUUACCCGCUGAUGAUGUUAUCGUGGAAGAUGGCCGCCUGCCUCGCCGCCGGCAAUACUGUCGUCAUGAAACCCGCCGGUGUAUGUCCUCUAACAGCGCUGAAGUUCGCGGAGCUGUCUGUCCGCGCGGGCAUCCCGGCUGGCGUCAUCAACAUCAUCCCCGGCAGCGGGACCGUCGCGGGACAAGCACUCGCCGACCACCCCCUCGUUAGGAAACUCGGCUUCACUGGCAGUACUGAGAUUGGUCAAACUAUAAUGAAGUCAUGCGCCGCCUCCAAUAUGAAGAAAGUCUCCCUAGAGCUCGGAGGCAAGUCGCCGCUCGUUAUCUUCGAAGACUGUGAUCUAGACAAAGCUGUUAGAAACGGUAUGGCAUCUGUAUUCUUCAACAAGGGCGAGAAUUGCAUAGCAGCUGGUCGUCUGUUCGUUGAGGAGACUAUUCACGACGAGUUUGUACGUCGCGUCGUGGCCGAGACUAAGAAGAUGACCAUCGGCGACCCACUACACAGAGGCACGGCACAUGGACCACAGAACCAUAAGGCACACAUGGACAAACUAAUUCAAUUCGUACAACGCGGUGUAAAGGAAGGCGCGACAUUAGUACUGGGUGGCAAGCGCGUGGACCGGCCGGGUUACUUCUUCGAACCGACUGUGUUCACCGACGUACAGGACGACAUGUGGAUCGCCAAGGAAGAGUCCUUCGGGCCUAUCAUGAUCAUCAGCAAAUUCAGUAGCAAAAACAUGGACGACGUGAUUCGUCGCGCGAACAACACGGAGUACGGCCUGGCGAGCGGAGUGUUCACGCGGGACGUAUCGCGCGCGCUGCAGUUUGCAGAGCGCAUCGACGCCGGCACCGUCUUCGUCAAUACAUACAACAAGACCGAUGUAGCCGCGCCCUUCGGAGGUUUCAAACAGUCUGGAUUUGGCAAGGAUUUAGGACAAGAAGCUCUAAAUGAGUACCUCAAGACGAAAAACAUCACGAUCGAGUACUAGGAUAGAUGAACUGAUUAAAUAAUUAUGUCAAAAAGUGCCUAAUUUUUGAGAAAAGCCUUGCAGUUUCCUAUUAUGAACUGCAGUUUU